GGACCAUGGACGGUUUUUCGUACCACGGUCUGGAGCUGAAGUCUCUUCCAUUUCUUCCUCAUCCUAUACACAUUGUUUGCCCUCUCGAUCAUACUUUCUCAAGCAUCAACAGAAACUAUCAAGAUGAAGGCAUCCACUUUUGCAUUCCUGUUGGAAUUAUUUGCCGCAGCACAGGCUCAAACUGCGAUCAUUAGCGAGUCACCUCUGAUGACGGCACCAAUAAUCGCACCUCCAGCUGCGCCAGGAGGAGCAAAUCCAGCGCCUCCACAGGGCCCAGCGAUGCCAGCACCGGUGGUGCCUCUAGCAACAGGAUCUCCACAAGUACCCGGCGGUGAUCCCAUAAUCGACCUGCGGCCUCUGAUGACAGCUGGAAUCAUUGCUGGUUCAAUGAAUCUGAAUGGAGCGGCCGGAAUCCCACAACCACCAAAUGCGCCAGCGCCAUCGAUCAAUUCAGGUUCACUCGCGCAGGCUGGAAUUGUUGGUGGACCAGCAGCAGGCCCUCAAGCUACUUCACCACCAGCAGCUAUGAAUCCAGGAGCGCCCGGGCCUGCAGCUCCUCCACUACCACCAGGAAUCAACUCUGCGACCUUGAUGACAGCGGGUAUCGUGGCAAAUUCUCAACCGACAUCAGGAGUGACGGCCGGAAUCCCUCAACCCGCUGCAGCAAAUCCAAGUGCGAUUCAGUCAGCAACACUUACACCAGCGGGGAUUGUUCAAGGAGGAAACACAACGACGACGAAUCCGACGGGAGGUCUUCAAGGGUUACAACCUGCUGCAGGGAACUCAAGUAUAUCUGUCCCUGCCCCAGCAACCAACUCUGGACGUUUAAGCAUUGGAACUUCGUAUCUAGCGAGUUGGAUGGGAUGUAUUAUGACAAGUGUAUACCUUUUGAUUUAGUUGAGAUCAGUUUCGGUUUUGAGUUUAUCAGCUUAAGUUUGUUUAUCACACUGCACUGAAAGACUGCGUCUUGAGAGCA